AUGGUAAAAAUAAAAACCAUAGUUUUUAUAUUUUUAGUUUUUGUAGUUUUAAUAAAUGGUUUGGAAAAUUCUAAAUGGAAAAAAAUUAAUAAAUUUAAUUCCAAUAUUAAUAAUGAGAAUAUUUUAUAUAAUAACGAAACUCAAUCUAUAAUAAUAUAUAAUUCAAACUCAGUUUAUAUUAAUUACAUAAUACCACUAAAACCAAUUUAUCCAAUCAAAUUAAAUAUUACAAUGAAUAUGAUAAAAUAUUGUGCAAUAUUUAAAAAUAUAUUAUAUGUAAAUGGGAAAACCCUGGAAACAGAUUCAUCCUAUUCAUUAGAAUUAAUAAAUUUAAACACAACAAAAACCAUUAAAAUAUUUAAUAAUAUACAAAGUUCUGAAUUUAAAUCAAUAAAAGUAAUAAAUGAAGAAAGAAUUAUAUAUAUCGAAGAUGAUCGUCAAAUAACAAUUUUUAAUUUAAAUAAAAAUGAAAUAGAAAAUUCGUUUGGAAAAGAACAAUUAAAUAGCGCACCAAAACAAAUAGAUAUUAACUAUAAAAAUUUGAAUGUAUUCAUAUUGGGCCAAGAUUCAAACAUUAAAUUAUUUAAUUUGGAUAAUGGUACUUUUAUAGGUGAUGUUGUUUUUUAUAAAGAUUUAGGAAAUACACCAUUCGAUCAAACCAAUGAUAUUAAAUCUAUACAAUUUGAACCAAAUGAUAAUAUUUUAUAUUUAAAUUUUGGUGAUUUUAUAUAUGGUUUUAAAAAUUCAAUCAUUACAACAAAUCCACAACAACAACAACAAAAAGAAAUAAAUUUUAGAAUAGUAAACUCGAUAACUAUAUCAAAUGAUUUAAUGAUUGGAAAAAAUGAAAAUGAAAUAAUCAUUGUAAAUGGUUUUAAAAUUGAAAUCUAUAAAUAUAAUGUUCCAAUUAUAAAGACAACAAAAUACAAUGAAGGUAAAAUAGAAAUUAUUGGUAAAAAUUUAAAAAAUAUUACAAGUAUUUAUUUUUUAAAUGAUAAAGAUAAUGAAUGUUUAGAUAUAUAUAAUGAUAAUGGUGAAUAUAUUACAUGCAACUACAGUCAAAUUAAAACCAAAUUUAAAUCUGAUGAAUCAUAUGAACUAGCGGUAAUUUUUGAAACAAAUAAUGGUGAUAGUAAUGAAGGUAAUAUAAACUAUGUGACAGGCCAAUUGGAAUAUACCGAUGAUGGUUGUGAAGAAGGUUUUUGGUAUGAUAAGGCAUCGCAUGUUUGUAAAAGAUUAAAAAUAAAUAAUAUUACAAUCAGCAAAUGUAGUUUUAAUGGUAUUAUAAUUUCGAAAAUUGGCACCUGCCCUAAACUAUGGAGACCACUAUCUAAAAGGGAAGAGUCGUUAAGAGAUAACCCAAUAUUUAAAUUUCAAAACUGUCUUGCUGGUAACCUAAAAAUGAUUAGUGAAAUAGAUUUAGUAAAUUCUAGAAAUGUAAAUACAUUUGUAUCAAAUGAAACUUUAUGCAAAUACUAUAUUGAAAAACCUACCUAUAUUGAUAUAUCUAAAGCCUUGACAAUAUACCACUUUAAUUGCUUUGAUAUGUAUGGAACCAAAAGUAUUAUUCAAAGAAACACACCAAUUAUACCGGAAGAAUGUAAUAUUACAAAUACUGAAAAGGAUCUAGAUAUUUUUGUAAAUAAAAUUGACCUAUGGUCAAUUGGUAAAAGAUGUUUAAAUGGUGUUAGAAAAAUAAUUGGUAAAUCAUCUACCAUUUGUGAAUGUAAUAAAGAAUGGAGUGGUCCACAAUGUGAUGUACAUAUGUGCUUACCUGGAUUUACACUUAAUAAUGAAACUGGAGUUUGUAUUUGUAAUAGACACUGUAAUCACAAUGAAUAUGAAAUAUUGGAUCCCUCUACCUGUACCUGUAUCUGCGAUUUAUCUAAACCCUUCCGUUGUGCAAAUGGUUUAUGCUCUGAUUCUGUAUCUACUUGUUUAAAUGACUUUGACCAAUUUAAGUGUGACCACAACUAUCCUUUUAAAUGUUUAAAUGGUGGAUGCUAUUCAUCACCCAAUGAAUGUAAAUCAAGUAUACCUGAAUGCUUGACUAAAGAAUGCUGCUGGAAUGGUUUGUUAAAAUCCAAUGAUAAGCAUACAACCAAAGCUGAAUGUCCAAUAUUACCUAGUUGUCCAAAAAAGUAUCCAUUUAGAUGUAUCGAUGGUACCUGUAAACUUAGUGUAAAACAAUGUUUAACCAAAUCAUUGGUACUUUUAAACCACUGCAAUAGUACACAAGUGUGUCCUGAUGGUUCAUGCCCGCCCUGUUCAAACUAUGACGGAUGUCCACUGUCACUACCUAUUCUUUGUUCCAAUGGUGAAUGUACCAAAACCAACUCCUCCAAUUGCAAAUACGGCAUUAUUGAUAGAAUUACCUCUAACGAACUAUUACCAGAUAUUACAGAUCCAAUAAACUAUCUAAAAGCUGAAACCCUACAAAUGUUUUAUCCCAUAUCCAAUGAUAUUAAAAACAAUGAUUUACUACCUAUCUAUAUUAAACCAAUUAGUACAAGUCUAACAAUACAAUUUGGUAAAAAAAGUGAAAUCAAUGUUUAUAGUACAAUUAAAAAAGAUUUAAUUGGUAAAAUAAACAUAAAUAUACCAAAAAAUAUUAUUAAUAACAACAUCAAUAACAAUGGUACAACUGAAAUUCUAGUUAAACCUGUUGCAGAUUCAUAUUUAAGGCAAAUAAAAUUUUCAUCUGUAAAUUUAACAAGAUCCAAUGCAAUCUAUUCAUCAGUUUUAAAUAUUACUAUACCAAUAUUAAAAAAGGAUGAAUCAUUACCAUUUUUAACCAACAUUACUUUAAAAAUUAUAAAUAAUCUUAAUAUUACAAUAGAUAAUUCAAAUAUCAAUAAUUUUUGUUUGGGUUUUAUAAAUACAACAAAUAAUCAAUGGGAAUGUGUAAAAAUUAAAAACAAAAUUUUAAAAUUAAAAAUUAUAAAUAAUGGUGAUGGUGAUGGUGAUAAAACAAAACUAAUGGUAAUGGGACAAACGAAUCACUUUACAUGUUUUGGUGUUUUAUUAAGAGGUGAUAAUAAUUUCUUUUUAAAUCAAAACAAUAAAAACAAUAAAUAUCGUGGCAAUAUAAAAGAUGAAGAAGAUGAAAAAUACAAUAGUAAAGGUGGUUUUAAAAUACCCACUCCGAUUUUAGUUGGCUCUAUAGUUGGGGUAGUGGUAUUUGUAAUAUUAUGUGUUUGUAUAAUAUUAAUUAUAGUAUCCUAUAAAAAACAUGGUAAUUUUAAAACUAUGAAAAGUAUAUAUAUUGAAAGAUUAAAAUAUAAAAGAUCAAAAGGCAAUGGUAAUAAUAAUAACAAUAAUAAUAAUAAUAAUAAUAACAAUAAUUCUAAUAAUAAUGAAAAUCCAAAACAAAAAUAAACAAUUAUUUUUAUUUUUUU